UGAGGUCGCACGCACAGGAAGUGACGGACAGCGCAGAAUAUCGAUCGCCGAGAAUCAGUCGGGUGCCGAGCGGGAACCACGCAGGACGUCCAGUCCAGCGCUCCAGCCAACUUCUCCGGGUCCUAGUCGAUCGCGCGCCAGUGUUCCGUGUGGCCAUGCUCUACCUGAAGAUCAUCGUGGCCGGCAUCCUGCUGAUGAUGGCCCUCGGCACGACCGUGGUCAAUGGCGCCUGCUCCAAGACGACGGUCAAAAUCGAGUACACGUCGAAGAACGGUAAACGGGUGCCGGUGGUGAAGCAGCCGUGCUGUCAGGGCUACAAGCGCGUGAAGCUACGCUGCUUACCGACGUGCUCGCAGACCUGCGAGAACGCCAGGUGUACCGCACCGGACGUCUGCAGCUGCAACGAGGGCUACGAGAAGCUCUCGAAUCACAGAUGCAUCCCGUACUGCAGCGACUGCGAUAAUGGUAUCUGCACCAAGCCGGGCCACUGCCAGUGCCACACCGGCUAUCGGGCGUCCGAGAAUGGCACGUGCUUGGCGGAGUGUGGCCACUGCCCGAACGGCUUCUGUGCCCAGCCGGACGUGUGCCAGUGCUACGAGGGGUACGAGUUCGAAGGGCUCGCGAGUGACGAGCGCUCCUGUCGCCCGGUCUGCCCCGGUGGAUGUCCGAAUGGGCAGUGCGUCGCUCCGGGCGAGUGUCUCUGUCGGGACGGUUUCGAAGCAGGACCCUCGGGGGAUUGCGUGCCCCCAACCACACCGGCCCCGACGCCAAGCUGCGCGGAAGGAUACGAAGAGACGAUCGAGGAGCCACACGGUAGCCGGGCCUGUAAGCCGAUCUGCACCGAACCCUGCCGGAACGGGGUCUGUGUGGGGCCGGAUCGAUGCGAGUGUUUCCCGGGCUACUCGGCCCCGGACAAUUCGAGCUCCUCGGCCGAGUGUGGGCCGGUGUGCAACGGAGGAUGCAGCAAUGGGGAUUGCGUUGCACCGGGGAAGUGCAUCUGCCGGCCCCAGUACGGCAAGAUCGGAGACGAGUGUGUGCCGCUGUGUGAAAAGUGUUCCCUCGGUCACUGUGUGCGGCCGAAUGUGUGUAUUUGCGAUCGGGGUUACCAGCUGAUCGACGGGGACUGUGUGCCGAUCUGUGAGACGGAGUGCAAGAAUGCGGUUUGCACCGGGCCGAACGCAUGCACCUGCCUGCCCGGUUUCAACUACACGGACAUAAACGCCCUGUUCGACUGUUUGCCGGUCUGCGACGCCGAGUGCAUCAAUGGGCGGUGUGUCGCUCCGCAGAAAUGUGAAUGUAACGAAGGAUACCUGCAGGACGAUGAGCACUCGUGCAUCCACCCGGUCGAGUUGUGCCGUCUGCGGUGCGUCAACGGCCAGUGCCGUGGUACGGAGUGCCAUUGCAACACCGGAUUCGUGAAAAGUGCCCUCGAUGGUCACUGCGAGCGGACGUGUCCGUACGGAUGCACGAACGGUGACUGUCGCGUUGGGGAGUGCUUCUGCCACGACGGCUACCGGCUGCAGCUGGACAACAGCUCCGUGUGUGAGCCGAUCUGUGGCGAGGACUACGACUACGGUAGUCCCGUGGGUUGCACCAACGGACGUUGCAUCCGGCCCAACGUGUGCCAGUGUGACGCGGGAUACGAGUUCGUCGACGCAAACCAGACCCGCUGUGAGUCGAGCGAGGACCUAGCACGGCAACGGGCGGCUCAGGAGCGAGCGGCAGAGUGUCGGCGCAGUUGCCGCCACGGCAAGUGCCGGGCUGGGGAGUGCUGGUGCGACGAAGGGUACGCCAAACCGGAAGGAGCGGGUAGUGGCGGGUGUAGCCCGGUGUGCGGUGAACCAUGUCGGAAUGGGACGUGUGUCCUGCCGGAGCGGUGCGAGUGCAACGCGGGUUUCGUGUUCGUCAACGGAAGCACCAGUCACUGUCGGGUGGAGGAAGAGCUUCGCCAGGAAGCCCACGAACGGUGUGUGGCUCUGUGCGAGAACGGAGAGUGUCACGGUGAUCAGUGCUUCUGUAUGUUGGGCUACAAGGCCCCCGCCGGGGAGCCCUUCCGCUGUCAACCGAUCUGCGAGAGGUCCUGCGAGAAGGGCGAGUGUGCUGGAAACGAUCGCUGUCGGUGUUGGGAAGGGUACGGACUUAGCCCCGGCGAUGAUCAUCGCUGUGACCCGGUCUGUGAUCCUGAGUGCGUCAACGGUCGAUGUGUAGCCCCCGAUGAGUGCUCCUGUGACGCGGGUUACGUGCGAAGUGACACCGAAGCUGCCAACGUGUGCUUGAAGGAAGAAACUCCCGAAGAACGCUUGUCUAGGAUGCGGCAAGCCGAAUGCCAGCUCGAGUGCCACAAUGGAUGGUGCGAGGACGGCGAGUGUCGAUGUUGGGAGGGAUUCCGCCAGGCGCAGGACAACCCGCUGGACUGUGGACCAUUUUGUGAGAAACCCUGCGAGUUUGGUCGUUGCAUUGGCAACAACUCGUGCGAGUGUAUCGAGCAGUACGAACUCGUGGAACCGUUCGUCUGUGGUCCGAUCUGCGAAAUGGAUUGCGUUAAUGGGUUCUGCGGGGCGCCCGGGCGCUGUCAGUGUCACGAUGGGUACGUCCAGUCGGCCGGGGCCGAAAACACCUGCGAACCGGUCUGUGGAGAUGGCGGCUGUACGAACGGUGUCUGCGUAGCACCGAACGAGUGCAGCUGCUGGGAUGGCUACUACCUGGACGAGGACGACACGCUCCUGUGCCACAUCGAUGCCAGAGUUAUCCUGCAAUCGCAAGACCAAAGUGGCAGCACCGGGACCGAUUACUACAAGAUGUCCUACAUCCACUACUUCGUCCCGCUGAUCGCGGCCGUCGCCCUGAUCGUGGCGAUUCUCGUGGUGAAAACGAUCGUCCGGAACCGCCAGAAGGACUACCACGUGGGCAAGUUGGGUAACGUACGGCGAAGGCCGCGCCACCGCCACGCCAACCACGGUGCCAGUUCGGCCGACUAUAACGAUUACAAUCUGGUCGUUCUCUUCCCUACAGAGAGCAAGGAAAACUGCGUCUACUUCAUGCCGAAUCCGGACUCGAAAACCGACGAACUAACGAAAUUGAAUCUCGAAAUCGAAACCAUUUGAGGGGCAACCCUUUUACGGCACUUCGCGUAAGGAGAUGGCUGGUUUUCCUUAUUUCUCUGUAAAUACCUGUAGUUGCUAGUAGUUGCGGUAGGGCUUAGGCUUAAAGUUACUGCUCUCGAGUAACCGACCACGUAACGCACCAAACAACCGAACUGAUCACCUCUUAGCGUACACUGGGUUUUGGGGGCGAAGAAUGAAAUAUACAACGAUUUGAUGAA